CGUCCGGUCCGGUAGUCCGGCGGAGUAGUGGGGAGAGAGAGAGAGGGUGUGGGGGAAGAAGGAUGAGCAAUCCGCAGAAGAAGAGGAACUUCCAGAUAGAGGCGUUCAAGCACAAGGUGGUGGUGGAUCCCAAGUACGCCGACAAGACGUGGAAGAUCCUGGAGCACGCCAUCCACGAGAUUUACAAUCAUAACGCCAGCGGCCUCAGCUUCGAAGAGCUCUACAGGAACGCCUACAACAUGGUUCUGCACAAGUUUGGUGAGAAACUGUACACUGGAUUGGUGACGACCAUGACUGCUCACCUUAAGGAAAUAUCGAAAUCCAUCGAAGAUGCCCAAGGAGGUUUGUUUCUGGAGGAACUAAACAGGAAAUGGAACGAUCAUAAUAAAGCACUGCAAAUGAUCAGGGACAUCCUCAUGUACAUGGAUAGAACUUUCAUCCAAAGUGCCCGCAAAACCCCAGUUCAUGAGCUUGGGUUGAUUCUUUGGAGGGAUAAUGUUAUCUACUCCAGCAAGAUCCGCACUAGGCUUCUAGAUACAUUGCUAGAACUAGUACUUAGAGAACGGACGGGCGAGGUCAUCAAUCGGGGGUUGAUGAGGAACAUAAUUAAAAUGCUGAUGGAUUUGGGUUCUUCAGUUUAUCAAGAAGAAUUCGAACAGCCAUUUCUGGAGGUUUCAGCCGAGUUUUACAAAGGCGAAUCCCAGAAGUUUAUCGAGUGUUGUGAUUGUGGUGAGUAUCUGAAGAAAGCGGAGAGGCGUCUUAAUGAAGAAAUGGAGAGAGUAACGCACUACUUGGACGCCAAGAGUGAAGCUAAGAUCACAAAUGUCGUGGAGAAGGAGAUGAUCGCAAAUCACAUGCUGGCAUUGGUGCACAUGGAGAAUUCGGGCUUGGUGAACAUGCUUCUCGACGAUAAGUAUGAAGACUUAGGAAGGAUGUACAACUUGUUUCGUCGGGUCUCCAGUGGUCUCUCAACUGUUCGAGACGUGAUGACUUCUCAUAUAAGGGAGAUUGGCAAGCAGUUAGUUACUGAUCCCGAGAGGUUGAAGGACCCUGUUGAAUUUGUUCAGCGGCUAUUGGAUGAAAAGGAUAAGUAUGAUAAGAUCAUAAGCUCUGCAUUUAACAACGAUAAGACGUUUCAGAAUGCUUUGAAUUCGUCCUUUGAAUAUUUCAUCAACUUGAAUGCUCGUUCUCCCGAAUUCAUUUCGUUGUUUGUUGAUGAUAAAUUACGCAAAGGCUUGAAGGGCGUCAGUGAGGAGGAUGUGGAGGUUAUUCUUGAUAAGGUGAUGAUGUUGUUCCGCUACUUGCAAGAAAAGGAUGUGUUUGAGAAGUAUUAUAAACAGCAUCUGGCGAAAAGGCUUCUGUCUGGAAAAACUGUUUCUGAUGAUGCAGAAAGGAGUCUCAUUGUUAAGCUCAAGACUGAAUGUGGAUAUCAAUUCACUUCAAAGCUAGAAGGCAUGUUCACUGAUAUGAAAACCUCCCAAGAUACGAUGCAGGGGUUCUACGCAAGCCACCCCGAGCUAGGAGAGGGCCCGACAUUAACCGUUCAGGUUCUAACAACAGGCUCGUGGCCUACACAACCUAGUGUGACGUGUAACUUGCCAGCUGAGAUGUCGGCUCUAUGUGAGAAGUUUCGCUCAUAUUACCUUGGGACACACACUGGUCGGAGAUUGUCUUGGCAAACAAAUAUGGGAACUGCAGACAUAAAAGCUACUUUUGGGAAAGGGCAGAAGCAUGAAUUGAACGUAUCCACAUACCAGAUGUGCGUGCUGAUGUUAUUCAACAAUUCUGACCGACUGAGCUAUAAAGAGAUCGAACAAGCUACAGAGAUCCCUGCUUCAGACUUAAAGCGGUGCCUGCAAUCUUUGGCAUGCGUCAAGGGAAAGAAUGUUCUAAGAAAGGAGCCUAUGAGUAAAGAUAUCGGUGAGGAUGAUGCGUUCUUCGUCAAUGACAAGUUUACAAGUAAGUUUUACAAGGUGAAGAUAGGAACUGUUGUUGCACAGAAAGAGUCAGAACCCGAGAAACAGGAAACCCGACAAAGAGUGGAGGAGGACCGGAAGCCCCAAAUUGAGGCUGCAAUAGUGAGAAUCAUGAAAUCAAGGAAGGUGUUGGAUCAUAAUAAUAUAAUAACAGAGGUAACGAAGCAGCUGCAGUCGAGGUUUUUGGCCAAUCCCACAGAGAUAAAGAAGCGGAUCGAGUCUCUCAUCGAGCGUGAUUUCUUGGAGAGAGAUAAUGUGGAUAGGAAGCUGUACCGCUACUUGGCUUAGAUGAAAUGGUUUGAGCAGAUUACUUUUUCGCUUGUGGGAAUGCUGGAAUUGCAAAUGGUUUGUACUCUAUUGAGUAUUGCUCAGUGGAAAAAUUAUUUUAAACUUCAA